AUGAGCACGGAUAAAACGAUGAUUUGCAUGUACAAGGACCCAAAUUGCAGCAUCGAAGUCAGAAUUAAAGACCUACUAUCUCGGAUGUCUCUCCGAGAAAAGAUCGGUCAGAUGACCCAGAUCGAACUCAGCGUCGCCACCCCUUCAGCCGUCAAAGACCUCUGCAUAGGGAGUAUACUGAGUGCUGGUGGAAGUUGGCCGUUCGAGAAUGCAAAGUCUUCGGAUUGGGCUGACAUGGUAGAUAAUUACCAGAAGGCUGCUCUCGAGUCGCGGCUUGGAAUCCCACUGCUAUAUGGGAUUGAUGCUGUGCACGGUAACAAUAAUGUCUAUGGUGCCACCAUUUUUCCUCACAACAUAGGGCUCGGAGCCACCAGAGAUGCUGACUUGGCUCGAAGAAUUGGCGUUGCCACAGCUCUUGAAGUAAGGGCGAGUGGCAUUCACUAUACUUUUGCUCCGUGUGUAGCUGUGUGUAGAGAUCCUAGAUGGGGAAGAUGCUAUGAGAGUUUUGGGGAGGACACUGAGGUAGUUAGAAAGAUGACCUCCAUAGUGGAGGGCUUGCAAGGAAAACCACCACCAGGACACCCAAAUGGUUACCCAUUUGUAGCUGGAAGAGAAAAUGUUGUUGCAUGUGCAAAGCAUUUUGUAGGAGAUGGUGGCACUAAAAAAGGCACGAAUGAGGGGGAUACCAUAUUGUCAUAUGAUGAACUAGAGAGAGUCCACAUGGCUCCUUAUCUGGAUUGUAUUUCUCAGGGGGUUUGUACUAUCAUGGCGUCCUACUCUAGCUGGAAUGGGACAAAAUUACAUACUAGCCAUUUUCUUCUUACACAGAUCUUGAAAGAGAAGCUUGGAUUUAAGGGAUUUAUCAUUUCUGAUUCUGAAGGCCUUGACCGGCUUUCUAGUCCUCAUGGGUCAAACUAUCGGCAAAGCGUUCUGUGUGCCAUCAAUGCAGGAAUCGAUAUGGUGAUGGUUCCUCUUCGAUAUCAAAUAUUUUUGGAAGAUUUGACACAUCUGGUGAAGUCAGAAAAAAUAUCAAUGGCAAGAAUUGAUGAUGCAGUUGAAAGAAUUCUGAGAGUGAAGUUUGCUGCUGGCCUCUUUGAAUUUCCCCUGAGCAAUAGAUCUUUACUGGAUACAGUUAGCUGUGAUCUACAUAAAAAAUUAGCUCGUGAAGCAGUUCGCAAGUCCUUGGUUUUGUUAAAGAAUGGGAAGAAUCCAGACAAACCAUUUCUUCCGCUGGACAAGAAUGCUGAAAGGAUUCUUGUUGCCGGAAUACAUGCUGAUGAUCUUGGAUAUCAAUGCGGAGGAUGGACUGCCACUUGGGAAGGAAAAAGUGGCAGAAUAACUACUGGCACUACCGUUUUGGAAGCUAUCAAAGAAGUCGUUGGACAGAGAACAGAAGUGAUAUAUGAGCAAAAUCCAUCACCAAACACCAUAGCAGGUCAGGAUUACUCUUUUGCUAUUGUAGUUGUGGGAGAAGGUCCAUACGUGGAAACUGGUGGUGACAGUUCAGAGCUAACAAUUCAUUUUAAUGGAGCUGGACUAAUAGGCGCAGUUGCUGAAGAAGUUCCAACAUUAGUUAUCUUGAUAUCGGGGAGGCCUUUGGCCUUAGAGCAACGCCAUUUUGACAAUAUAGAUGCUCUGGUUGCUGCAUGGUUACCCGGAAGUGAAGGAGGUGGAAUUGCCGAUGUUAUCUUUGGAGAUCACGAGUUCCAGGGACAGCUUCCUGUGACAUGGUUUAAAAGUGUCGACCAACUGCCUAUGCAUUCUGAAGAUGACUCCUAUGAUCCUCUAUUUCCAGUUGGCUUUGGGUUGACAAGCAAAAACAAGAUUGUGCAAAGCCGAUGAUUAGAUGAACUGAGCUUCUCAACUUAACGAGCCAAACACGUCACAAGUUUCUGUUGGUCGUCAAAUUUAGUCUUUAUGUUGUACCUGUACAAAUGAACCGUAGCCAAUUUUUAACGACCCAACUAACCUCGUUGAGAACUUUCACACGUGCUACUAUUUUGAGAAAUGCACUUCAUGUUUAGCC